AUGUCGACUUACGGUAUCGGUAUCGAUUUUGGCGCGACCACGUGCGUCGUGGCCAUGUCGAAGAACGGUCAGACGGAAGUAUCAAAUGUAAAAAUGUCUGGGUCUGGAAAGUUGGAACUUGUGAUGCUAACUUUGGACUCUAAAAAAAUCUGUAUUGCAUGACCAACAAGAGGAGCCACAUUUGUGCUACGCGAGGAGGGCAUGUGUCAUGCGGAAAUGGCAUCAGGAAGCUUUCCAAAAAUCUGUGAUGCUGGGUCAUCCAUUAGAAGCAUCAUGGGUUAUGCCAGACAAGCAUGACAAGCCUUCCAUUCUUCCAGACCCAGACAUUUUUACAUUUGAUAGGAAGUGAUCCCCAACGAAAUGGGAAACCGAAGCACAAACGUCUGCGUUUCUUACGUCAAAGCAGCGGAUGGCAGUAGCACAAUCACCGUCGGGGAUGCGGCUUACAAUCAGAAGGAGAGAAAUUUACCAGGUACUAGCUAUAAAUAUAUUGUGUAGCUGCAGAAGAACUAAACCUCAUCAUCGUGAUUUGAUGAUGAAUUUUUGCAUCGUUGCAUGUUGACCAGGUGGUCGUGGGGAUAGAUACAGACACAUGUUAUCCUCUCCACGUUAAAUCUUCCUUGCUGCAUGAUCUCCAUGUCUUGUCAUCUAUCAAGCGCCAGCGCAAGCACAACUACGUUUUUUACUUACACGGUGGAACAACAACAAACAAAGGUACGGUGCGGGACUUCAAGAAGCUGCUGGGCCAGCCGUUCGACGACGAGAUUACCCAAGAAGACAUCGCAGAAAGCAAAGCGUUGAAGCAUCUUGAGGUAAGUACUAUUAAAUGUGAGCCAUUGCAGCUUCUCCGCUUUAUUCGGCAUGAUCGUGACACCUCUUGAACUUGUCUAGUACUUCUUGGCUUGCAUGCAAGUAGAGGUGCUGGACCAACUUGAACGCCACCACAGAAUGGAUGUAUUUCUUUAUACAGAAUCAUGACUGCACGACUACAUCAUCAAUAAAAGCCAUUUUGAUUAUAAAUACCUACGUGUACGUCUCCACAUUUUUCAAAAACCCAGAUCGUCGAGGCCUCCUCUUCCAGCAAAUCCUGUGCCAUCAAAUUCGCGUGGGAAGAGGCGUCGGUUCCCCUCGAAGACAUCGCCUCUCUCGUCUUCGUAUCCUGGGGAAAAGUAUCGUACUCGUAUAAAUGCAUUACAAAUUUCCUCAGCAUGAGAAAGAAAAUUUGUAAUGCUGAUUUAUUUUAAGAAAAAGAGUUGUAAUGCAUGAUUGCAAUACAUAGAGUGCGAUACUUUUACAGUUCAUACUUCGCCAAAGUCCGGGAGACCGCGAGCCUGUACCUCGGGGAGGAAGUCUAAGGAAGUGUCAGAAUCGAAAUUGACAAAGUCGAAAAAUUUGUGAUGCGCAAAAUCGUUGCCAGUUAGACCCACAGUUUGUAGUCGGCGCAUGACAAAUUUUCCCCGUCCUAGAAGCGAAUCUGUCAUGCGGUUUAGAGCAAAAGCGCUGCCUUCUGCCAUGCUAGUCAGCAGCCCAAUACUUGACCCUUACCUGGACUAUAAUCCGCCUUCCUUGCAUCCCCUGCAAUAGAGUCGCUUUUUACAAACUAUUUCAACUUUGACGAUUUCGAUCCUGACACUUCCAUAAAGUCACGCACUGCGUCUUGACCGUGCCAUCCCACUAUUCGGACGAGAAGGCGGAGUUGCUCAAGGCCUGCUGCGAGUCCUGCCCGAACUGGGGCCACGAGAACAGCGCGACGCAGUUGAAGGUGAUGCGACUACUGAAGGAACCGUGCGCAGCGCUCAUCGCCCACGGCUUGGACGUCACCCCGGCCUACCUCGCCCACCGCUUGAUUCCGGGCAUGGCAGCACCCAAUGUCAGCAGCGUGAGUGGAGCAGCUUCUAUCCCGCGUAAAAAAAACGACCACGUGGUGGUCCUCCCCAGUAGUCAUAGUCAUAAAGUCUUCAAGACGAAGAACUAGUACGGGAGCACUGCCAGGCAAAAUGAAGCCUGUCAAAAAAUACUCUUCGAGUGGUCAUUCAAGCCGCUUGGACUCGGAGAGUAUUUUGAUCGUGUUUCGCUAGUGCAGGCGCAUCUUCAUCACAUCAAACCGAUUUUUUUCUCCUGAUAGUAUUUUACACGAACACGACAAAAAAUUCGACCACGAGCAUGACUGCGAAAUUGCUUCUCAUGGAUAUUAUAAUUUGCAUCUACAAAAAAUGUGGGACGAUGCAGCUACUGGGGACGUCUUAUUUCCCCAGGAUACAGGCAGCACAGCAAGGAUCAGCCGCAACGGCGGGCGGGAACGGUCUGGCGGCGGUCAAGGAUGAGGAAAAAACCGUCGCUAUCCCGUUCAAAAACGUCCCCACAUGAGAGUCGGGAUGGGGAUUUUGCAACACAAACCUAGGAGUUUUGGGAGUCACGCAUCACAAGUUGCAGUCCGUAGUGUAGUGCAGUUUAGCCAGUGCAGCGGCAUCACAAAUCCAUCUGCUCAUCCCGUUUACAGCAUUACAAAUCCCAAAACGCGAUUGAAAAUGCCUCUCAUGGAGAUGCGCAUUACAAAUCUUCCUGUAGUCGCACAUCUGCAUGACAACUAUGGGGUCGUGGGGACGUUUUUACUCAGGAUAGUGGCCGUUGUGGAUCUCGGCGCGUCUACCUUCGAUUAUCCUAUGUAAAACCGUCCUGCUCGCCUCAUAGUCAAGAUGGGGAAUCUGCUACACACAUCCACAAGUUUUGGCUGUCGAGCAUGACAAGUUCUGGCUCGCAGUGUAAUCCUGUUUACCUAGUGAAAUAACCGCAUGACGAAUUGACUAGCUGAUUCGGAUUCUAGCAUGACAAACUCCCAGAUAGCAUUUUUAGCUAAUGGCUCUCAUAGGGCUACACAUGAGAGACAUUCUAGGCUUGCGGAUUUGCAUGACAAGUAUUGGAGGGUGGGGACGUUUUUCCUCAGGAUAUCGAUUGCUCGGUUUUCACGGUGAACAAAAACUUAUGAAUUGCAAAAGAAGUAUCGUACUCGUAUAAAUGCAUUUCAAAUCUCCUCAGCAUGAAAAAUAAAAUUUGUAAUGCUGAUUUGCCUUAAGAGAGAGAUUUGUACUGCAUGACUGCAAUUACUACGAGUGCGAUACUUUUGCACAGGAUAAAACUCCGGCAUUUUCCGACCGGUGACCUCGGUGGGGUCCGGGUCCCUCGGCUGCAUAUGAACUGCAAAUAUGUCUGGGUCUGGAAACAACUUGUGAUGCUAGUUUGUGCACGGUGGGCGCACUGCGUUCUUACGCAGCCACGCAUGACAAGUUUCUGAGCUCCUAUGUGUUUCGCUUCCCGCAUGACAAACUCCGUUUUUGCAUGACAAGUAAGAGACUGCUGCUUUCCUGCUCAUGCAUGACAGAUUCAAGAGUCACGCGAGGCAAGCUGCAUGACAAACUUUCAUUCUUCCAGACCCAGACAUAUUUGCAGUUGAUGCUGCAAGCUGAUGGACGAAACGCUCUUUGACUACUGCGUCAAGGAUUUGAAGAGGAAAGACCCGAAGGCGGCCCUGCAGCUGAAGAAGGAGGAGCGAGCGAUGCUGCGACUCAAGGAAGCCUGUGAAAAGGCGAAGAAGGCCCUCACGGUGUCGAAGCGGGCCACCAUUGAGGUGGAAGCAUUGCUGGGCGAUGUGGACUUCUUCACGCAAGUUAUGCAUUGCAAAUAUAUCGAUCUUCUGGGUCUCGAAAGGUUGAACUUACAAUGCUUAUCUUGCAUGGGUGUGUCGUGGAAAAUCUGCAUUGCAUGACCGACAUCAACAGACGCGGUGAGAACUCUCUUGUCAUGCGAAAGCGCAGCUUGUCAUGCGGGAUACGCAUGACGAGCAGCCGUUCUCAGAACUUAUCAUGCUUGUCUGCACCCACAAGCGCAGUUCCAAUCUUUCGCGUUCCGCAUCACAAGUUUAUUCCAGCCCCAGAUCGAUAUUUGCAAUGCAUACAAGUGACCAGGGAGCAAUUUGAGGAGAUGCUGAAGAAGGAAGACGAGGAGAAGAACGUUAUUGACCAACUGAAGGAGAUGCUCGAGGAAGUGCAAGAGAAGGUCGCCGCAAGUACAACUUCGUCCUCAACAAAGAUCAACGAGUAUUUGUGCAUCGGGGGCGGGUGCAACAUCCCCGUUGUGAGCCAAACGAUUGCCGAGGCCUUCAGCGCCAGCAAAGCGAAGGAGCUCAUAUCAACUGCAAAAGUGUCUGGGUCUGGAAGAGUGCCAGACAUGUCAUGCAGGUUUUCCAUGACACAUGAGAUCUGGUAUGUAGGACAUAGCAUGACAGAUUCUGUGAGAGUUCUAUCAUGCCUAUCCUGCAUGAGAAACCACCUCUCGACUAGGUCAAAAGUGGACAGCUUUUGGUAAUCAUGCAACACAGAUUUUCACAUGAUUCAGAUUUAGCAUGACAAGGUGCUUUGCUCCAGACCCGGUAUAAGUAGCAGUAGUUAGUUCCACCGGUGGACAUAAUAGCAUGUUUUAAUCUCUCUCUACAUAGUGCAUCCACGUAGUUCUCUUUUCUUUUCUUUCUUCAAAAAGUUCAAGUCGUUCUCUUCCCCGUGCUGUACCAAGGUCUUGUUUCCAGACAAAACACCAGACACUUUUGCAUUUGAUAGCUCAAGGGCGAGACCGAUUUGCUUGCCGAGGAGGUGGUCGCGAUGGGCGCGGCAAUACAAGCGGACGUAUUGCUCAACAUGGGAGCAACGGACGAGGGGGAGUUGGUGGUUUCUGCAGAGCUGAAAGGAAAUGUCGAGCCAGCCGACGACGACGAUACGCCAGGUAAAUUUUCGGACAAUUAUUGUAGAGCAGGGACUUUUAUGCAAGACAAAACAUGCUUGCGAUGUGAAUUUCGCUUGACAUGCUGGCAAUGUCAAUGUGACUUUCGCAUGACAAAUUUUCUAAAGAUGUGACAUCAAAAUAAUAAAACUACCACCAUACAACUUCUACGGAACAGGUAUCGCCAUGGAGGGUAGCGCUCUGUCUCAAGCCGUCGGCAUUUCCGUGAAGAAGGGGAACGCAAAGUCAUUUUUCCCAGUUUUGCACAAGGGCGUUCCGGUGCCCGUCAGCCAGAAGGAGAGCUUCGCAUGCGCACCAGGUACCAUAGCUGCAUUUCAUGUUUGUUGCAUGACAAAGAACAUCACCUGAUUAUACUUAUUCCGAAUCGUUGAAUUUUUGCAUGGACGACGGCGGCCCAUCACAAGGUCUUCACUGGUGUGAUGUUGCGUGGAUCGAGACUAUGGUGAACCUCACCUACCUAGAAAAUAUUGUAUAUCAGGUUCCUUCAACAUUGAAGUGGUGGCCGCCGACGGGACGCCUCUCACCACCGUCUCUAUCGAAGAAACAUCGCACCACCACAUUGACCUCAUGUUCAGUGUGGACGGAAAGGGGAGCUUAACGGUGGAAAACGUGACGCACUAUGAAAUGCAAAUAUGUCUGGGUCUGGAAGGUUGCAACUUGUCAUGCUAAAUCUGAAUCGUGCAAAAAAUCUGUGUUGCGUGAUUACCAACAGCCGCCCUUUUUUACCAAGUUGAGAGGCAAUUUCUCAUGCAUGAUAGGCAUGAUAGAGAUCUCACAGAAUUUGUCAUGCUAGGUGCUGCAUUCUAAACUUUAUGGGCCAUAGAAAACCUGCAUGACAAACGUGGCAAUCUUCCAGACCCAGACAUUUUUGGAGUUGAUACGCACUGAGUGAAGUCUAAUAUUCUCGUCUACUCUUCUGGUGAAUUUACACCGGGCGAUGAAAAUGAUGCUAGCUACAUAUAACAUUUCGUCCCGCCGACGUGGAAGCUAUUUUUUCAUCUAAUUGCACAUCAAUUUUCCGGAUAGCCACCUCCCUCUUCUUGAAAGCAACGAACGAAGUGAUUUUCAUUUUAUUUUACUGAAUUGCGCGCAUGAUGAUUGAUGCUACUGGGGAAAGAACAGAGAUCAUGAAUGACCAAGAGUGUAGUAGUUACGCCCGCUUCUACAACAUUAUGCGCGAUGGGGGCGCAUCAAAGCAGGUAAUGUUUCGUGCUAGGCAGAUAAGAGCAUGACAACUCGUCGACAGGAAAUCAUCAUGUGACAACUCGACAAUUGGUGACAGCAGCGAACAAAGAACAACUUGCAAACCAGUGGCUUUUAGAACAUCGAACAACAUUGCAACUUCGAACGAACAACAGGAAAUAAAGGAUGAAAGCAAGAAACUACAUGAAUGUCAGUUGUGGGUACUUACAAUACC